AUGCUAACAACUUUUAAUUCAUCAAAUUCAAUUUUCAAAAAGGAUAGAUAUCGUUUGAUUUCAUUUCUCUUGCUUAAACAUUUAAGUAAUUCUUAUUUCUAUUUAUUUAGAGACACAUCAUAAGGAUAUUUUCAUGUAAAAUUUAAACAUUAGGAUUUUGCUUAAAAAAAAAAACCAUCAUUAAUUACGCAACCUUAAAAAUGAUUUUGAAGCUAAACAGUUGACUCUUGAAUAUUUUGGAAGUUUUCAACUGAUUUCUGACAUUUUGGAAUUACAAAUUGAUGCAAAUUGCUUAGUCGAUAUUUAAGAAUUAUGUUAUUAUCUAUCAAAUUGA